AUGUCGUCUCUUAGUGCCUCCUUCGUGCAAAUCAAGUUUGAUGACAUCCACUUCUACGAGAACUGCGGCGGCGGCAGCUUCGGGAGCGUGUACCGAGCCAGGUGGAUCUCUCAGGACAAAGAAGUGGCGGUGAAAAAGCUACUCAAGAUCGAAAAUGAGGCUGAAAUCCUCAGUGUACUCAGCCAUCGCAACAUCAUUCAGUUCUAUGGGGCGAUCCUUGAAGCACCCAACUAUGGAAUCGUCACUGAAUAUGCCGGUGGAGGGUCCCUGUAUGACUAUCUGUCCAGUGCGGAGAGUGAGGAGAUGGACUUGGGACAGGUCAUGACUUGGGCCAUGGAGAUUGCCAAAGGCAUGCACUAUUUACACUCAGAGGCCCCGGUCAAGGUUAUCCACAGGGAUCUGAAGUCCAGGAAUGUGGUUGUGACGGCAGACAAAGUUCUUAAGAUCUGUGAUUUUGGGGCAUCCCGGUUCCACUCCCACACCACACACAUGUCCCUGGUAGGCACGUUCCCCUGGAUGGCCCCGGAAGUCAUCCAGAGCCUGCCCGUGUCUGAGACCUGUGACACCUACUCCUACGGUGUGGUUCUGUGGGAGAUGCUCACCCGGGAGAUUCCCUUUAAAGGCCUGGAGGGCUUACAAGUCGCCUGGCUGGUGGUGGAGAAGAGUGAGAGAUUAACCAUUCCCAGUAGCUGCCCAACUAGUUUUGCUGAGCUGAUGAGGAAGUGUUGGGUGACUGAGCCAAAGGAAAGACCAAUGUUCAAACAUAUCCUUACAACCCUGGAGUCCAUGUCCAAUGACAGCAAGCUUCCUGAACAGUGCAACUCCUUCCUACACAACAAGGCUGAAUGGAGCUGUGAGAUUGAGGCCACACUGGAGAGACUGAAGAAGUUGGAGCGGGAUCUGAGCAGCAAAGAGCAGGAACUGAAGGAGAGAGAACGUCGCCUGAAGAUGUGGGAGCGCAAGCUCAUUGAGCAGUCCAACACCCCGCUGUUCCUACCUGUGGCGGCUCAGAUUAGCGCUGAGUCGUUCUAUGAGUCUAAGACGGAGGAGUCGAACAGUUCGGAGAUGACGUGUCAGAUCACAUCCUCCAGUAACGGGGAGGUGGAGGGGAUGAGUCUGCAGGCCAUGAUGAAGGGCUUUGGGGACAUGUUUGCCUUGGACAUGGGGGGCCCCGUCCUGCACUCUGGCAUGCAGGUCAACAUGCAGGCCAAGCAGAACUCUUCCAAGUCCAGCAGUGUCAGAGAGGGCCGCAAAAUCAACAUGGCCUUGGGGACGUCAAACUUCAACUGGUCAGACGACAGUGACUAGAGCGAACUGAUUGGUCCAGCUAUGUAUGGGCCACUCAGUAGCAUCUGUCAAUCAAUCCUUUUGACCUGUGUCAAAACUGUGGUCAUGCGGCAAGCUCCCAUGCAUAUUCCUUCUCACAUCACUGGUGUUAUGGACACAAGCUACAUUAGAUAAUUCAUUACUAAUAGUUUUUGUAACGAUCCAUUUUCUUUUGCAUACAUUCUUUUUCAAACGCUGUAUGAACAUAAUGUAUUAGAAACCUUUCGCCUACGUGGCCCUUACGGAUGUCAUUUAUGCCUAAUGUACUGGAUGUAUAGUGCCAUGCUGUGAAGAAAGAGCCAUGUGAGCAAGUUGCAAGGAGGAGGCAAGGCUUUUAUGAUGAAGUGACAUUUUGCUGACAUUAAGAGUGGCCAAUUUGUUCUGUAUGUGGUGGAGCGUAGUUUCUGUGAUUAAGUGUCUCACCAGGAUGAGAAAGAACAUGUUUCCCUCAGCUGACCCAGACUGGUGUCAGCAGGAGAGAGAGAGAAAGUUUCCUGUGCCUUUUUCUGCAUACACUGUCAGGAAUCUUUGGAUUUCAGGCCCCCAUACUAUGGCUUAGUGGUGUAAAGUGCACUGUAGGUGUUUGUGUCUAUCUAUGAGGGCCCCAGUAAAGUCUUGGUUCAUGUGCUUUGUUGAAAGAAGCAUGUUACAGAUACAUAUAAUCAAGAUGUUUAUGAGGUGUGCCAUAGACCUUAGACUUCCACACCUUGACAGGACUAAGUUCUCACAGACAAGGGCAACUGUAUACGACCUUCAUUCACUUAAUUCAGUGGUAAAAGCACUACCGUGUGCUGGAAUCAUUUCAUUAAAUCAAAUGAUAUAUUAAGUAAAAAACAGUAUUUCAUUGGAGAGAGGAUGUGAAAUACUGUUUAGAGGGCUUCUCUAAGCUAAAGAUGAUCUACCAGCUAAAUAUGUUUGCAUCUGCACCAACAGUUUUGACCACAGGCCAACGUGUGUUUAACAACCCCCAAAGUGAGCCUAUUAAAGCUCACCUAACGAGUGUCAUCACUAAAUGCCCUGUAAAUUCUGCUAGGAGCUCUUCUCUUCUAAACAUAGCCAAUAUGAAGGAUCUUUCUGUUUGACUCCCAAGAGCUUGCGCCUAGGCCCUGCAGCUUGGACUUCUUUCUACGUAGUUGAUGUAUGUUUUUUAUAUACUGUUGUGUAGUUAUUAAACCUAGUCUGAAACACAUCCAUUAACAGACUAUAACCAACCGAUACACUACCUUGUGUGAAAGUCAACCACUUUGUAAGGUUUUUUCUAGACAUCUAAUGCCCAGAGUUGCAAUAUGAUCUAUGCAAACUACAUCACCUUGGAUUAGUCAAAUUCCUUGGAUUAGUCAAAUCACUUGGAUUAGUCCAAUAGUGUCUCUUUAAUGGCGUGCCAUAACUCUAUCAGACCGAUCACUUUUUGAUGUGAACCCAUUUUGCUGCAAAAUUUCUCUACUGUUCCUUGUUUCUCAAUAAACAUUUUCUCAUUAAACAUUAAACUUCCUGCUUUGGUUCUUCACUCUUCCUGUUUUCUCAAAUUUCCUCUUGGUUUUCCCAGUUUUGUUUACCUUGAAUUCGGAAAGAGCCAUGUGAGCAAGUUGCAUUGAGGAGGCAAAGCUUUGAUGACGUGACAUUUCGCUGACACAAGAGUGGCCAAAAUCGAACAACUAAUUCAAUAAUGUUACAAUAAUGUCACAAAUCAAAGGUUUGUCAACCACAAAAUUCCAAAAGUGGCCAAAAAAAUAAGAGUGAAAAGAUUUAUGCCAGGAGAAGAUUAAGAAAAUGUGACUGGUAUUAGAAAUAUAACUUCAGAUGAAAAGUUUUUUUUAAAUUCUUUUUUUACAUGUAAGACCUGAAAUCAUUCUCGUAUUACAUUAAUUGAUUUGCAUUAGACCCAUGUUCACUGUAGUCCUCAACGAUUCAAACACACAUAUAAUCAAUGGCAGAAUUUCUAUCAUUAGCUAAUUAACAAGAAGUACAGGGCAAUACUCAUACUUGGUGCAGCACACCCAUUUGUAUUGUAUAUGUUACACUUGCUGAC